AUGACACAGAAGAAGGCGAAAGCGGCCGACAUGUCGGUUGGAGCUGCUAAUGACGAAACAUCAUUGAUCCUGGAUUACCUUCGGAAGCAAAAUCGUCCUUAUUCGGCCAUCGAUGUUUCCACGAAUUUGCAUAACAAGGUCUCAAAAACGCACGCAGCGAAGGUCUUGCGAGAACUACACCGGAAGAAGGAGAUUGAAGCCCAGGUCUCAGGAAAACACACGGUUUAUCAUGCCGUUCAAGAGGCAACCGACGAACUCACGAUGGAGACCAUAGCGACGAUGGAUGAAAAGAUCAAGCAGCUGGAAGAACAGGCAACGACAUUUAAAACCAAGGAAAAGAAGGCGCGAACAGAGUUAGCGACGCUCUCCACGAAGCCAUUGCUCUGCGAGCUUCGACGCGAUGUCGGCCAACUUGAGCAAGGAACGCAGGCAGUUACAUCUCGUCUCAAGAAGAUUCAGGAAAGUGAUUCAAUCCAGGUGUCUCCGGAGGAGAGAGCAAAGUUGGGGCAGGAAUGGAGACGCUGGAAUAAGAUCGCUAGUGUCCGUAAGAGGAUCUGUCGGGAUCUAUGGAGUAAUUGCUUGGAAGUUGUACCGGACAGUGUGAGUCGAGAAGAGCUUUGGGAAUCUCUGGGCCUUGAAGGAUCCUUUCUUCAUUGA